AUGCCUCCCAAGACCACCGCAUCCGAGGCCGCGGCCACCCUCAACCUCACCGACGGCGAACUCAAGCUCGCCCUCGCAAUGAUGAAGCACGUCGAGCGCCCCACCACCGCCGUCCUUGAAAAGAUGGCCGAGGAGGCCGGCCUCUCCGGCGCCUCCAGCGCCCGCACCCUCCUCACCCGCGCCGCUACCAAGCACGGCUGGUUCGCCGGCGGUGGCAACAACAGCACCGAGGAUGGAUCCGGUUCUGUCCCUACGCCCCGCCCCAAGAAGACUGCCACCCCGCGCAAGAAGAAGAUUGCCGAAGUCGAGGAGGGUGCUGAGGAGGAGGGCACGCCUACCAAGAAGCGCGGUCGCAAGAGCAAGGCGCAGAAGGUUGCGGAGGAGGCUGCUGCUGAGGCUGCUGCCUUGGCUUCUGCCGCUGAAGCUGCCGCUGAGAAGGAUGUGGAUGAUGAGGAGAUGAAGGAGGAUGGUGAUGGUGCUGUCAAGGAGGAGACUGGCGAUGCUGGUGGUGUCAAGGAGGAGGGUACCGAGCAGAAGUGA